AUGGGCGAGGACGGCACAAAACUGUUUCAGCAGAGGCUGGCCGAACGAACCCGCGAACAUAAAACAACGCGAGAAGCAGCCCUAGAGAGCAAAUUUCGUAAGCUGCCCGCUCCAAUGGUAUCCAAGAACGACAAACUGGUGCACAACCUGUCGUCAAAGGAGCUGACGGAGGAACAAAUGCAGGUUUUACGGCAUGAGGCCUCAUUCAACACAGCCGAUGCCAAACCUGCCAACAUGAUCGCAGCAGUAGAAUCAAUCCUCAGCCAGACGGGAGCGACAGACGAAACGAAGAACCUCAUUCGACACCAAGUGUCCUCCCUCCUCAUGGCUCAUAGGCCGCGCGAUGUGCUUUCCAAGGUCGAGCGCGAUGCACUUAAAGAACUCAGAGCCGACAACGACCUCGUUAUCGUGCCUGCGGACAAGGGGCGUUCAACGGUCGUAUUGGACAGGACAGACUACAAUCAAAAAGCCAAAAGCUUGUUGGAGGAUCGUCAGUCCUACGUCCCAUACGAAUCCAACCCCAUGAAAACGCUGACACGCGAGAUUAACGCGACGCUGUUGGCAAUGGAGAACGCAGGUGCAAUAUCGCCAAUCGACCGACGCAUGGCGAGAGCACAAGAAACAGCCCUAGCCCGAUUCUACGGUCUUCCAAAAGUGCACAAAGAGGGCGCUCCUCUCCGGCCUAUCUUAUCACUAAGGGGCACUCCAACCUACGGACUGGCAAAGUGGCUGUUCCAACGUCUCAAGUUUCUGACCUCCGAUUCGAACACCACAGUCAGCUCGUCAACACAAUUCUUGGAGAAACUUAAAGGAGUAAGUCUCCUGCCAAGCGAUAUCAUGGUUUCCUUUGAUGUCACGUCCCUUUUUACUUCCAUCCCGCAGGACCUGGCAGUCGAGACAAUCGAACUACUCCUACGAGAGAAGUACGACGAAACGGAGAAUCGCCUCGGACACGCCCAAAUCAUUCAGCUCCUAAAGUUCUGUCUCAAGACGUACUUUACAUUCGACGGAACAAUCUACGAGCAGGUGAAGGGAACGCCAAUGGGUUCGCCGAUUUCGGGACUCAUAGCCGAGGCGGUCCUUCAACGGCUGGAGUCGCUGGUUUUCCGACACCACAGAGCGAAAUUCUGGGCUCGGUAUGUGGAUGACACCUUCGUCGUCAUCGAACGGGAUCAGGUGCUGACUUUCAAAGAACAACUCAACGCCGUCUUCCCGGACAUUCAAUUUACGAUGGAGGAGGAGGAAAACAAUCAGCUGGCCUUCCUGGAUGUCCUCGUCUGCCGCAAAGAUUGUGGUGGCCUAAAAACCAAAGUGUUCAGGAAAGCGACAAAUACGACGCAAAUACUGAACUUCAAUAGCAACCACCCGAUCAGUCACAAACGCAGUUGCGUAAGGGCGCUAUACCGGCGUGCUGAGACGCACUGCAGUGAAAUGGAAGACAAGGUUGCUGAAUUACAAUAUCUUCGACGGGUAAUGAGAGCUAAUGGCUACCCGCGCAACUUUGUCAACCAGUGCAUACGAAAAGGACACCAGAGACCAAAUCCAACUAGCCCCAAAAUUUGGCGGGCUCUUCCGUACGUGAAGAACGUCUCGGAAGCCGUCAGUCGUCUUCUCACUCCACUUGGAGUUGGGGUUGCACACAGGCCGGAAGCAACCAUUAGGCGCCAAGUAAUGAGGCCAAAAGACCCGCUGCCACGGCAGGAAACGUCUGGAGUCGUUUACCGGAUCUGGUGUAGUUGCGGACAAAGCAAUUAUGUCGGAGAAACUGGGAGAUUACUCCGUACGCGACUUGCCGAGCACGCAGCAGCAGUGAGGCGGGGAGACGCUAACUCUCAGGUGGCGGCACACUCGACGGGACCCGGCCAUAUUUUCAAAUUUCAAGAGACCGAAAUCCUCGCAAGAGGUGACAACCGCGUGAGCCGCGAGCUGCUCGAGUCAUGGUUCUCAGGCCCGCAAUCCAUUAACAAACACAAUGACCUCCCGGUGCCCUAUUCCGUAUUGCGAUUUUCCCUGGGCAUGAGAAUCAGUCACGUGGGGAGGGCGCGGGUGAGCAAUUAUCACGGUGACAGUGAGCCAGUUUGCCGAGCAAUCGUCACACCAGCAUCGAGCACGGAUGACGAAAUCGCGGCAAUUAACAACUCGGACUCGGACCGCCAAGCCACCGCCGCAUCAAUUACGACCCCAGCGGCGAUUGUGAGAACCGUUAAUUGCAGCGCGCAUACGGUCCUACGGCAGGCACGUGCUAUAAAUACUGCCCUCCUGGUGCCACAUUCACCUCUAUCUGUGAAUGUCUCUGAUGAUGGAUUCGAGUGA